AUGACCGAGCACCACAAGUCUGCCAUAGAGGCAACAGCUCGAGCAAAUGAAGAUAGCGACAAUGAUAUAGACACGGCGCCAAAGGUCCCUGACCAAUUUGCUGAUGAGAGUUUUAAGUUGUUUUCGAAGAUACAAGUGACAGAUCCAACGCCCGAAGAAGCAAUACGCAUACGCAACAAAUGUCUAUGGCGCAUUCUACCAUUUCUGUGCAUCGGUUACCAUUUGAUGUAUGUUGAUAAACAAACGCUUGGAAGUUCUGCAAUUCUCGGAAUCAUGACAGACGCCCACCUCAACUCAAAUCAAUACAACUGGCUUUCUUCGAUCUUCUAUUUCGGCUAUCUUCUUGCCGAGUGGCCACAAAACUGGGCAUUGCAAAGGUUUCCAGUCGGAAAAUGGUUGGCUGGUAACCUGAUAGUCUGGGGUGGCAUUACCCUCCUGCAUAUUCCAUGCAACAGCUUUGCAACUUUAUUUGUCGUUCGUUUCUUCCUUGGGGUAGCAGAAGCAUCAAUCGUGCCGGCAUUUCUCCUCUCCAUGUCCAUGUUCUUCACAUACAAUGAACAGGCCGUGAUGAUGCCGGUCAUGUGGUCGAUUGGCAAUGCAAGCCCUAUCACAUCAGGUCUAUUGUCUUAUGGUGUGCUGUGGAUUGACACAGGGAGCUUUUCCCCUUGGAAGUGGUUCAUGGUUAUUACCGGCGUUCUCACUGUCAUCUUCGGUGUCUGGGUCUACCUUCUCUUCCCUGAUAGUCCUCUGCACGCUAAAUUCUUGACAUAUGAAGAGCGUGCCCAAGCGAUCUUGCGAAUCAAAGAAAAUCACUCGGGAAUCGAACAAAAACUGUUCAAAAGAUACCAAUUCAUCGAAGCAAUCAAGGAUCCCAAAACUUGGCUCUUCUUCCUGCACGCCUGGUCCCAGGAGAUGGCAAAUGGAAUAACCAAUCAAUACUCGCUCAUUAUCAACUCAUUUGGCUUCACUGUCCUUCAAACAACAUUACUUGGCACAGUUAGCGGUUUAGUUUCAUUCUUCUCCCUCAGCGCAGCAGCUAUCACACUUUACCACACCAAGAAUUUCCGAGCAUGGAUAUCACUCAUUGCAUACAUCCCAGCUGGCCUCUCUAGCAUCCUACUUCUUGCUCUACCUUGGACCAACCGAUGGGGUCUCAUUGCCGGAAUCUGGAUUCGAUCCACAGCCGGCAUACCGUAUGCAGUGGUGAUGAUUUGGGCUGCGAAUGUAUCAGCUGGCCAUACGAAGAAGACCACCGUCAUCGCCUUGUAUCAUAUUGGCUAUGGACUGGGCAACAUCAUCUCUCCGCAACUCUUCCGUCCGGAGUGGAAGCCUAGAUACAGACCAACGUGGGUGAUAUUGCUUGUGGUUGCCGCAAUUCUUCCUUCGAUCAUAAUCAUAGCUCUCCGUGUCUAUCUAAGCCGAGAGAACAAACGUCGUGAUAAACUCGAGGAGGCUAGUCAGGUCACCAAUAAUGGAGUUAUCGAAACGGUCGACUCAGAGGGCGGUACAGUCAAUCGUGUUGUGGACAACACUCAGUUGGAUCUGACUGACAGGGAGAAUUUGAAAUUGUGA